AUGGGUGACCGAUCCCUAAAGGUGUUGUUUUACGCAGACGAUGGUGUUGUCGUAGCAGGAAAUGAAGAUGCCGUGCAAUGUCUAUUAUAUAAGAUGAAAAUAUCCGCUGAAAAAUUUAAUAUGAGCAUUUCCAUCAACAAGACACAAUCAAUGGUCAUCUCUAAAAAUCCUAUUAGAUGCAAAUUGGCAGUCGAUAGUGGAAUAAUACAGCAGGUAUCAAGAUUCAAUUACCUGGAAACAAAUAUAUCGUGUGAAAGAAACCUAUUAGAAGAGGCACGAACACAAUCGAUAAAGGCAUCGAGAGUCAGCGGCUAUCUGAGAGAUAUAGUGUGGAGGAACAAAGCGAUGAGUUCACAGAGCAAGACCAGAAUCUACAAAACGUGUGUAAGACCUAUUCUCACGUAUGCCUCAGAAACUAGAGCCGAAACAUCGAAAACAAAAAGCAUAAUGAGAACCACAGAGAUGAAAAUAUUGCGAACCAUCAAGGGAGUCACUCUAAGGGACCGAAUAAGAAGUGACAUAAGAGCAGAAUUGGGCGUACAGGAUGUGGUGAGAUGGGUCAGGACACGAAAACGGUUCUCGAGGGAUCUCGUAGAAAGAAUGCCAGAAGACAGAUGGGCAAAGUGGGCUAAAAAUCAGAAACCGAACAAACGCAGACCUGUAGGAAAACCACCAAAAAGGUGGUACGUACGAGAGCUGGAGUUCAGUAUCGGAGGAAGAUCCCAGAAGAGGGCCAAAUGUACAGGAUUGAACAGGACUUGGUCCUAUUGA